CUGGAAAAGAGAGAAAAAAAACUUUUUGUACCGAAGGAAUCAACAGCCGCCAUCUUGUCGUGGCUCGGAAUUAGGAUUUCGGUAGAUCACAAUUUUGUAUUUAGAAAUUGAGCAUCCAAACCGAGGUUUGACGGAAAACUUCCCCUGAAAACGAACUAUUUUCACCUUUUCUGAAGUAUUUUUGACGAAAAAACGGGAAUUCGAUCGGUCGUCGUCGGCAAGAAAACCCCGUAUCUGAUUUCCCCUUAAGUGCGGCGCUCGAGUCCCUAUAGCCGUUCGGAGCAGUAUAUUGUUUACCGGGGAUAACCGGAGAAGAAACAGCUUGUUACUGACAAUUUUGCAAAAAAUAUAUAUUUUUUUGCAGUUGUACAUUUUAUGGAGCUUCAAACCAUUUUUGCAUGAAGACAUUUGACGUCAUAAAAAUGAGCUGUUUGAACAUCUAAAAUUAAAGAUUUAUGGGACAGAAAUACAAUUCAUGUUAAUGUUUUUAGAUUUAAUUUUAACGUACAUUUUUCAUGGGAUUUUUUUUAUUGGGGUUAUUUAACGAUAAUGUGGGUGUUGGUUGUUGGAUUAUCAUGGGUUGAAUGGCGGUGGCGAAGCGGGGCGCUGUUGCAUCUUUUUUGAAAAUCUCACCCUCACUGCUUGAAAAUUAGCCAGUUAGCCAACGUUAGCGAGCAAACCGCUUGCUAACGUGCUAACUAGAUAAAGGUGGAGGUUGUCAGAACAACCUGUUCUGUCCCAGGAAUUUCAUUUUUUUCAAAUAAUUAAAUAAGAAAUCCAUUAAAGAUCACAAUGGCUGAAAACCUGCUUGACGUCGGACCUCCCAACUCAAAGCGACCGAAGCUGAAUUCACCUGCGCUGUCAGCGUCAGAUGGACCAGUGGAUCUAGGCUCCUUAUCAUGGGACGACCUGGAGAACGACCUGCCAGACGAGCUGAUCCCCAACGGAGGCUCUGGCCUGGGGGGUAUGACGGGGGGCGGAAUGCCUUCCAAUGGGGGUAACGUCAACCCUGGGGGUCCUGGACCUCUGGGCUCCAAGGUCCCGGACGCAGUGGCCAAGCACAAGCAGCUGUCAGAACUCCUCCGAGUGGGUAGUGCCUCUGGUCUCAUCGGGGGUGCUGGAGGAGGAACUCAGCCCAGUGGCAUUGGGGGUCAGUUGGGUGCAGCACACGGGAAGAGCUCCUUGGGUCAAGGGUCGCCGAAAGCGGGGACCGGACAGAACUUCAACCAGUCUCUGGGGGGCCAUGCCGGGAUGUUAGGUCAGGGUGGGCAGCACCAGCCGGGCCAGGUGAUAAACGGAGGCCUGGGGCUGGGUCCUGGAGGUGGACGAGGCCGGGGUCAGUACCAGGCCACGCAGGCGGCACCAGGAGGAGGAGUGGGCAGCUCGCUGGCAGAGACACUCACACAGCAGGGCGGGCCACAGGUGGGCGCUGCCACCCUGAACGCUGCCGCCCAGCAGGCGGGCAACAUGAACAAGUUGGGCCUGGGCAGUAACGGUGGCAGUCCGUUUGGUGGUCAGUAUGGCCAGGGGGGGCCAGGGCAGGGGGUGAACCCCCAGCAGCUUCAGAACAAGGCAGCACCCCUUACCGCCGUCACCAGCGUGCCAAACCUGCUCCAGCAGCAGCCCGGGCAGCAGGUGCCCUCGGUGGGCAUGGUCCCUGUGCCCGGCAGUGUAUCCAUCUCUGGCCCCACGGCCGACCCGGAGAAGCGCAAACUGAUCCAACAGCAGCUGGUGCUCCUGCUCCACGCCCACAAGUGCCAGCGGCGCGAGCAAGCCAAUGGGGAGGUGCGGGCCUGCGCCCUGCCACACUGCCGCACCAUGAAGAAUGUCCUCAACCACAUGACCCACUGCCAGGCCGGCAAGUCCUGCCAGGUGGCUCACUGUGCGUCAUCCAGACAGAUCAUCUCACACUGGAAGAACUGUACGCGGCACGACUGUCCUGUCUGCCUGCCGCUAAAGAACGCCAGUGACAAGAAGAACCAGCAACCCUUGCUGAGUUCCCCCAACGCUGCCCUCCAGAACUCCCUGGCCUCUGUGGUCUCUGGCCCUCCCAGCUCUCCCUCCCUCAACACCCCCACCCCCAUCGACCCCUCCUCCAUGCAGAGGGCCUAUGCUGCCCUGGGCCUGCCGUACAGCAACCAGACCCCCACCCCCGGUCAGACCCCCCCAGAGGGACAGAACGCUACCCAGGGGCAGCAUCCACAGCUGAUGAGACCCAUCAAUGCACUAGGUAACCAGAUGGCUCUGGGUGGCGGGACGAUGGGCGUGGCCUCGUCAGAUCAGACCAAUCUGCACUCGGACUCUCUCAACGCCAACAAUCAGCUGCUGUCCGACGGGUCAGUUGUUGGCUCCAUGGGGGGUAGCCUGCCCACCGCCGCCCCCCUCUCAGCAUCUGGAGUCAGGAAGAACUGGCAUGAACACGUCACUCAGGACCUCCGCAACCACCUCGUCCACAAACUAGUACAAGCCAUUUUCCCCACCCCAGAUCCGGCAGCUCUAAAGGAUAGGCGGAUGGAGAACCUGGUGGCAUACGCUAGGAAGGUCGAGGGGGACAUGUACGAGUCUGCCAACAGCAGGGAUGAAUACUACCACUUUCUGGCAGAGAAGAUCUAUAAAAUCCAGAAGGAGCUGGAGGAGAAGAGGAGGUCUCGGCUCCAGAAACAGAUCAUCAACCAGGGGCCUCUGACGGCUGCAGGAGCCCAACAGCAGCCUGGAGGUCUCCAGCAGCCCAACACCCUGGGCCCUGGGCAGUCUGUUAGGCCACAGAAUGGACCUGUGUCUAUGCCCAAUGUGCCAAAUCAGAUCAUGAAUCGCAUGCAAAUUGUUCAAGGGCUCAAUCAGUUCAGCCCCAUGGCCCUGCCCAACAUCCAGAUGUCCCAGCAGCCUCUAGGCCCCCGUGCCGUCUCCCCCAUGAACCACCCCACACAGAUCAACAUAGGCUCCGUUCCCUCCAUGGGUCUGUCUCCCUCGCGGAUGCCACAGGCCCAGGGCAUGCUGGGAGCCCACGGCGGCGGCGGCAGCAUGGUGGGCCAGACGGCCAAUCAAAAUGGUCAAUUCCAUCCCCCUCAGACCCCAUUUCCCCCCUCUGCCUCCGGCGCCAUGAAUGCUAACAACCUGGGUCUAGGCCAGCCCCCAGCACAGGCUGCUGUCACACAGCAGCAGUCGCCGCAGCAGCAGAGUGCUAACCUCCCCAUGAGCGCACUUGGUCCCCUGGGCCCCCAGCUCCCCUCCCAGCCCCCCCUGCGCGCCACUCCUCCACCCUCUUCCUCCACAGGGGGGCCCACAACUAACCUGCAGCCCCCCAAGCCAUCCAGCCGCAGCUCAACCCCCACCCUUUCCACCCCCGGUCCUGGUCCUUCCAACACCCCUCCCCGCCCAAACCUGACCCAGCCUCCUCAACUCCAGCCACAUACCCCCCUCCAGCCACAGACUCAGUCCCAACCCCAACCGGAGCUUCCUACAGUGCAGCCCCCAACCACGCCGCUUUCUCAGACAGGUGCCAGUCUGGAUAACCGGGUGCCCACCCCAGCUUCUGCCGCCAGCGGCGACUUGCAUUCGCACUCCCAGCAUGCUUUGCCUGACCUGCCGGCCCAGGAGACCAAGGCCGAGCCGCGGCUUAGGGACCAGCGGGAGUUUGAGUCUGCCAGUGGCAAGACCGAGCCCAAGAUGGAGACUGAGGAGGACUCUGGUUCACUGUCAGUGAAGGAGGAGCCAGAAGAGAAGCAGGUGCCAAUGGAGACUGAGGAAAAGAAGCUGGAGAUGAAGACUGAGCCCAAAGAGGAGGAGGGGGGAGGAGCCAACGGCUCAGUGUCCUCAUCCCCUUCUCAGUCACGGAGGAAAAUCUUUAAGCCAGAGGAGCUGCGCCAGGCUCUCAUGCCCACCCUAGAGUCUCUUUACAGACAGGACCCAGAGUCUCUACCCUUCAGACAGCCUGUAGACCCCAUGGUACUGGGCAUCCCAGACUACUUUGACAUCGUGAAGAACCCCAUCGACCUGUCCACCAUAAAGCGUAAGCUGGACACGGGUCAGUACCAGGAACCCUGGCAGUACGUGGAAGACAUCUGGGUCAUGUUCAACAACGCCUGGAUCUACAACCGCAAGACAUCCCGCGUCUACAAGUUCUGCUCCAAGCUGGCCGAGGUGUUUGAGCUGGAGAUAGACCCCGUUAUGAUGAGCCUUGGCUACUGCUGCGGCCGCAAGUAUGAGUUCUCUCCUCAAACUCUCUGCUGUUAUGGUAAGCAGUUGUGCACCAUACCCACCGGCGGCACCUACUACAGCUACCAGAACAGGUAUCAUUUCUGUGAGAAGUGCUUCAAUGAGAUCCAGGGGCACAAUGUGACGUUAGGGGACGACCCGGCACAACCACAGACAAUGAUAUGUAAAGACCAGUUUGAGAGGAAGAAGAACGAUACACUAGACCCUGAACCGUUUGUGGACUGUAAAGAUUGCGGACGGAAGAUGCAUCAGAUAUGUGUUCUUCACUAUGACGUCAUCUGGCCAUCCGGAUUCAUCUGUGACAACUGUUUGAAGAAGAGUGGGAAAACACGGAAAGACAACAAGUUUUCUGCAAAACGGUUGCAGACGACACGGUUGGGCAUGUACAUCGAGGACCGGGUGAAUAAGUAUCUGAAGAGGCAGAACCACCCUGAGGCAGGGGAGGUGUACGUACGAGUGGUGGCCAGCUCUGACAAAACUACAGAGGUCAAACCUGGCAUGAAAUCCAGGUUUGUGGACACCGGGGAGAUGUCUGAAACCUUCCCCUACAGAACCAAAGCGCUUUUUGCCUUUGAGGAGAUCGACGGCGUGGAUGUGUGUUUCUUCGGGAUGCACGUUCAGGAGUACGGCUCGGACUGCUCCUUCCCCAACACCAGACGGGUUUACAUAUCUUACCUGGACAGUAUUCACUUCUUCAAACCUCGACUGCUAAGGACGGCCGUCUAUCAUGAGAUCCUUAUUGGCUACCUGGAGUAUGUAAAGAAACUCGGCUACUCUCAGGGUCA